AUGAAAUUCUGCUUUCGUCUUCGAUUACGAAAGAAAAAUCAAUUUAAAAAAUAUAAGAAAUCAAAACAUAUUGUUAGUCUAUUUAAUCACUACGAUAAUAAUAAUAGACACGUACAACAAAUAGAAAUACCCAUAAAUGAUUAUAAUCAAUUAUCUAAUAAUAUGACAUUGAUGAAUGAUGGUGGUGGUAGUGGUGAUGUUGAUGAUCGAAGAAAAUUUUCUAAACAAAUUCCAACACCUGUUGAUGAACAACAAAUAGCAAAUGCACAGAAUAAAGUCGAUCGAUUAAUGAAUGUUAUUACAGAUACAUAUGAAAAAACAUUAAUUCGAAAUCUUCGUCUUGAAGAACUUGAUAUGAGAUCAACAGAUUUAUUUCGUGAUGCGGAAAAAAUGAAAAAUAUGGCACAUAAAAUGCAAGAUAAAUUCUUUUGGGAAGAUAAAUAUAUCAUGAUCGUAGCAAUUGCAUCUAUAUCUGCGAUUGCACUUGGUGGUCUUCUUGCUCUGAUAUUUAUUCCAAAAAUAACAGGCAAUUAA